AUGGAGAUGGAAGCGCCUCGAGUGGUCGCGUCCCAGGAACCGCAACCAGCCACACACACCCAGCCAGCUGAGAACGAAGUCGCCGGCGCCAAUGAGAUGCUCGCCGUGCCUGACGACACCGUCCAGGUUCUCUGCGGCCCGCUGCUCAACUACAAGCAUAUGGGACCCAAUGCCAACUCGCGCCAGAUAUGGAACGGCAGCGUCCUGAUAGUCACUCGGCCGCGCGAGCAGCCGCCGUUGCUGCAGCUGCAGUGCCUGGGAGCUGUGUCCAACGUCAAUGGCCCUACGGUGGGCGCCGGCAACGUCGAGCCUACCGUCGAGGGCGUCAAGCUCUUCUCCAGCCCCAUCGCGGCCUUCUGGCGCUUCCGCAUCGCCGUUCCCAUGGAGGACUACGAGGCGCGCUGGCAGUACACCAUCCCAGGCUUCCGGCAUGUAGACCAGGAGCAUACCAUGUCCUCCUGGAACUUCAUCGUGCCCGCCAUCGAGGACUCAAUGCGCAUCAUGUUCCACUCCUGCAACGGCUUCUCCGUGGGGACCGAUCUAGGCCAUUGGCAGGGCCCUUUGCUCUGGCAUGACGUCCUCAGGCUGCACGCUCAGCGGCCCUUCCACGUCAUGAUCGGAGGCGGUGACCAGAUAUACAACGAUUCCGUCAGGACUGAGGGCCCCCUGAAGGAGUGGACGGACAUCAGCAACCCUCACCGCAGACGGACUCACCCCUUCCCCAAUACUCUCAGGGCAGAGUGUGAUGUCUUCUACUUCAACAACUACGUACGUUGGUACGGGACUGAGCCAUUUGCUACUGCCAACGCCCAGAUCCCUCAGAUCAACAUCUGGGACGACCAUGAUAUCAUCGACGGCUUUGGAUCGUAUACCAGCCAUUUCAUGAGGUGUCCCGUCUUCCGUGGCCUGGGAGGUGUUGCCUUCAAGUACUACUGUCUGUUCCAGCACCACAAUGCUCCUCCCAUGUCCACUUUUACCACAGAUGCACCCCAAACCAUGCAGGCUGGAGAAGACGGUACUGCAGGCAUUGACCGCCGCCAGCUGGAAGGCUGCUACGUCUACGAGGAGCCCGAGGAAGAACCCAGUUGGAUAGUCGGUUCUAAACCGGGACCGUACGUUGAGGAGAUCAGCAGAAACCUUUACAUGCGCCUGGGAAAGCGUAUCGCCUUUGCUGGAAUUGAUGCUCGUACUGAGCGUACCAGACACCAGGUUAACUACCCAGAGACCUACGAUGCCAUCUUCGCCCGCCUGGAUAAGGAGUUUGCCGCCGCCAACGGAGAGAUCAAGCAUUUGAUACUCCUGCUCGGUGUCCCCAUUGCGUAUCCUCGCCUUGCUUGGCUAGAAAAUAUCCUCUCCUCUCCCCUGAUCUCUCCCCUUCGCCUGCUGAACAAGCGGUUCGGCUUCGCAGGAAGCUUCUUCAACAAGUUUGACGGACAGGUUGAUCUGCUCGAUGACCUCGACGACCACUACACGGCGAGACAGCACAAGGCAGAGAGGAGAAACCUGAUUCAGCGUCUCCAGCAGCUUGCCGCUCGUUACUCAGUCCGAGUCACCAUUCUCGGCGGCGAUGUCCACCUGGCAGCCGUGGGCCGCUUCUACUCUCGGGUCAAGGACCAUGUCCCCAUUGACAACGACCCCAAGUACAUGAUCAAUGUCAUCAGUAGUGCCAUCACCAAUAAGCCUCCUCCCAAGGCUGUGGCAAACUUACUCGCCAGCAGGAACAAGAUCCACCAUCUCGACCAUUACACGGACGAGACACUGAUGGACAUCUUUAACGACCAGCCCGGCGGCAAGAACAAGUCUUCCGGCGCGAACAAAGUGACCAUGCCGUCUCGUAACUACGCCUGCAUCACCGAAGUCACCACCUCUAAUGAACAGCCUGAGCUUGCCAAAGAACCCAAGAGCGGGCAUGAUGCCCUUCACCCGGGAGAGCAGAAUGCUGGCACAAAGUACAGCUCUGCAGACGGAGUAAGCAGCGUCACAGGCAAGCUGGGCGGAUUGGACAUCGCCAUCCGUGUUGAAAUCGACCCUGCUGAUGUCGAGGGCAAGACGGAGGGAUACGGCUUCAGUGUGCCGCCCCUUGUCCAGCCUGCUCCCACAGCUUAG